AUGGCAGCGGCGCCGGAGGGGGCUGGGAACAAGUGUGGAUGCAAACCGAUUUCAUGUCAAAAACAAGGAGAAGGUCCAUGCGCUAGCCCGCAAUGUACCCAGUGCAAGACGUGCUGUGACGCCGAAUGUAAUGGUUGCAAGGUAAAAUGCAAGGCGAAUGAACCAUGUAAAUGUUAUAUUACCCGCUGUGGUUGUAAGGAUGAUUGUUAUGCAAAUGGUAGCGAUGGACAUUGUCGAGGAUUAAAAAGCAGCUGUGAACGAUGUAAAAUAAGAUGCCAAGGAUCCCCUAAAUGUAUAUGUCAUUAUUGUAGCUGCGGAACGAAAUGUAACGGUGUAAUUUGUAGCUGCUGUAGCUGGUGUGAUCCGAGGAAUUGUUCUGGAGUUCCUUGCAACGGCUACGUAAUCGGCAAAUGCCCAGAGCCUGGCCCAUGCAAAGGUCACGUCAAAUACGACAUAUACGACAAAAACGACAAAGACGGCAAAUACGGUGCUGUAUACAAUCGCAAUGAUACAAAUAGAAUCCCGUGCGAUAAAAAACCCCACCAAGGCAAGGACUGUACCAACAACAACUGCAAUUGGCUCCGUGGAGAGCGAAACGAGAAUGGGUGUUGCAUAAUUAAAUGCACAUACUGCGGUACACUAUGCGGCCAAGACAAAUUUAGGCGCUGCUGUUACAUAGCGAUCCCCGUAGUUAUCAUUGUGUUAUUAUUCCUUAUUUUCCGGUUUAUGCUUCCCGAGAAGUUCCACGCGAUUACGACUAAAAUACGCGCCGCAUUUCCCACCUCGCCCAGGCAUCAUGGCAGAUCCUUUACUAAUCUCGUCGGUGACAGAAUUCCCGAGGAGGUGAACAUUGACCGCUACCCCGCCUUCCGCCCAAGGGCAUACGCUGGAUUGGCGUAG